ACAUGAGCACUCAUCAUUCUUGUCCCUUCAGACAUGCAAUCCUCGCUGCCCCUCUCCCUCAAUGGUGUCGAGGUGGUGAAUCGAGGGAUCCAAUCUCUCAGUUGUUGACGAAUAAUCGAUAGAGCAACAUUUAUGACAGUGAUGCUUUAUGAUUGCCUGGAAGGUGAAUGAUUCUAGUGAGAGGAAGGUGGUAAUGGUGUGGGGCAGGGAAAAACGACGUUGUCUUGGUUUCAGAUCUGAGAGGCUGAGUGCAGGAAUGAGCUGAGCUGAUCGGUGUAAUUGUGUGCCGAGAGUACCUCAUUUCAGCCGACUACAAUUGGGUUGUGACGAAGGAAAGGCAGUGAGCAUGACGUUGCGACUGGAGUGCGCGGUGCAGCACUAUGACUGGGGUCGCAUUGGUGCGGCGAGCGAGGUGGGCCGGCUGCAUGCUUUGGCGGUAGGAUCUCCCGCGGAAGACACACCAUACGCGGAGCUCUGGAUGGGUACCCACAAAUCGGGUCCUUCUUGGGUGGUUAGUGACAAUUCUCCGGUUCUUCUCAAGGAAUGGCUAGACACACAUUCGGAAGCGCUUGGGGACAAAGUGGCGGAGCGCUGGCAAGGGGAGUUGCCCUUCCUUUUCAAGGUGUUGUCCGUGGCGAAAGCACUGUCCAUUCAGGCGCAUCCAGAUAAGAAGUUGGCUCAAGCUCUUCAUGAGUCCCAACCCCACAUUUACAAGGACCCGAAUCACAAGCCAGAAAUGGCCCUUGCCCUCACUCCUUUUGAGGCAUUGUGUGGAUUUGUCACUUCAGAGGAGCUGAAAGAAGCAGUGGAAACAGUACCUGAGCUUAGGUCUGUGUUGAAAGAGGACACAUGUAAAGCUCUCAUUAUGCUCGGAACUUGCAAAGUGGAGAGAAACGAGGCAAAGCAAGCACUAAAACAGGCUUAUACGACCCUCAUGACCCUACCCAAUGAUGUCGUGGCUAGUACAGUUACAGAGCUUGUCAAUCGUCUUGCCAAAGAGAAACAGGUGCGAGAGCUCACAGCGAAAGAGGAUCUAGUCAUAGAGCUCGAGAAGCAGUAUCCAGCAGACAUUGGGGUUCUUUCAGUAUUCUUCUUGAAUUAUCUCCAGCUCGUUCCUGGUGAGGCUGUGUGCCUGGAUGCCAACGAACCUCACGCAUAUCUGUCUGGAGAGAUUGUCGAGUGCAUGGCAGCCUCGGACAACGUAGUCCGAGCUGGAUUCACGCCCAAGUACCGGGACACACAAACCCUUUGUUCAAUGCUUACUUACAAGCAGGGUUUACCUGAGGUCUUGACCGGCACACAUGUGAAUGAUUACACUACAAGAUACACCCCACCAUUUGAUGAAUUUGAAGUGGACCAUAUUGUGGUACCUCUGGGUAGCUCAAGCGAGCUUACAACGAUGGGUCCCUCCAUCUUCCUUGUCUUCGAAGGUAUUGGUGUUAUUGGUAAUAACGACGCCGAAGACAUUACAGGCCUCAAGAAAGGUGUCAUCUUCUUUGUACCCGCGGAUCAGAAGAUUGUAAUUGCAGCCCCGCUAGAUGCGGAUCACAGUUAUGAUGAUCUUAAACGAAAGCCUCUGCAGUUGUAUAGAGCUGGAGUUAACAGUUCUAGAAUGUGGCCUACUGCUUAGUCUCUCUCAAAUUGGUAAAUGCACGAAGUUUUAGUUUCAGCCGGAGCUUCUUUGCAACGACAUGCAUUCAUGAAGCAGUUCGAAUUGAAGCUCUUCAAAUCUAGAACUAUCAGAGCGUCAUUGCGAAGGGAGUUGCGGAUUCAUCAAGACAUUUAGUUUUAAGGGAGACCCAUGCACGACCGUGCGGUGCAUACAAUAAGAUUUUUGGUCGAAUUCAUGCAGUAAGAUCUCAGUCCAUGACUGAAGAAAGCUUAAUGCAAUAGUAGCGGGUGUAAAUCAGCUCCACCUGUACGUUCACAACUAGUUUACAUUCCAUACAUUUUCCGUUGGCCCA